CUGACAGCUGGUGAGCCACCGCUGGAGCAUCUCCACAGGUCGCAGCGAGACACGGCAACGCGCCUCCUCCGCUUCACUGCUGCUGACGCUCCGCUACCGAGGAGAAGAAGAGCAGCCGAAGGACCAAUGGAGAAGAAGACGGGAUCUUCUCACCAGUACGGUUCGCUGGAGCGCACUGACUGGAGCAGAGACACCAGCAAACCAGAGGACGACGUGGUGUCCAUGGCGGACUCCACCAUCACCACGGACGACAUCGAGGGGGAGCUUUUUAAGAUUGACAGGAUCAGGGACGUCCUGGUCAGGAGGGAGUCAGAGCUCAGAUACAUGAUGGAUGACAUCCAGCUGUGCAAGGAGAUCACUCGCCUGAAGAAGGAGCUGCAGAAAUUGGUGUCCAUACCAGAUAAUGACAAGUCCAACGAGGACCGGCAGAAGGAGGAAGAACUGCUGCAGCAGAUCCACAAGCUUGUGGAGACCAGAGACUUCCUGGUGGACGACGUGGAGUUCGAGCGUCUCAGGGAGAAGGAAGAAGAUAAAGAAAUGGCAGAUUUUCUGAAAUCCAAAUUCCCAAGAAAUAUGAAGAAGAAAGGGGUACCAACCAGACGGGGGCCAUCCAGGUCGCAGCAGGCCUCCUCCCCCUUCGCCAAGACGGGCCUCACCUUACUGAAGGAGUGCUGCGGCUUCACUUGCUCCAUCAUGUAGACCGAGAGGGCCCCAGCUGCCGGCGCUGACACGGGGGGGGGGGCACAACCCAAAAAAUAUUUUGAGUUUCAGCCCGACAAAGACUCUGAAGCGUGGAUGGAGCGGUUGCAUUUUGACAGUUUCCCAGAGAGGGAGAAAAGGAUGUUGGAUCUGUUUGUCUCUUUCAUUGGAUUUCAUCACCCGGCUCUCAUCCCACGGCUGUUUUCUCUUUCUUUUUUACUCAUCACAGCCUCCGAAAAGAAACUACCCAACCCCUGAUGUUUGCUUCUUUUUUUUUUUUCUUUUUUUUUUUAGCCAUGAGCACAGCACAGCGCAGGUCAGGCAUGUAUUGUGUGCACACUCAUUUAGAUCAGCUAUGGCAACUAUGAGAUUGAUAUCUAAAAGAUAAUACAGCGCUAUGAUGACUGUGCUAAUGAAAAAUAAAAUAAAAAGUAGAUGUUUCACCGGACUCAGCGGGCCUGUCUACAGACUGCUGGCAAACAGCAGCACUAAUGAAACUGACAUUAAUCAGGAGGACUCGCGGGAGGAAGUUGCCUCCAGAUUUAAAUGAGUACAACCUUUGGAAAAAUGGCGGUUGGAUGUCUAACGGAUGUCUCAUUACGCCCAGUUUUCAUUUAAUGACAAACCGAUUUUACAAUUAUUAAAAACACAUCCUGGAAAAAGAAAGGUCCCCAAAAACAUUGGCGUCUGUAUGACUCCAUGUUUAGGAUCAUGUAAACGUCUAAAUGGACGAGAGUGUAAACUCUGUCGUGUUGUUGAGUCGCUGAACAACGUGUCACAUGGUAGCAGUGCACUUUAAAUUGGUCAACAUGUUUGUUAGCUUGUUGUGCCAGGUGUGUGUUUGCAUUAUUCUAUGAUUGAAUUCAUCUCUUAGCGUGUAUGAUUUUACUUCACAGAUAUCAAAUUGGUUACAGACAAACAUUUGCACACCUUUUGAAUCACAUUUGCAGUCAGAAGAUCCGAUUAUGUCCUGGAAAAUCAUCUCUAGAAGUGUUUGUCAACGUUAAUUAUUAAUGCAGCAUUCACAUAAUCAAACUCACGCACAAUGAAUGAGUCAUUCUUACUCCGUUUCACUUUCUUUUUCUAUCAACUCAUGUUUUCACACCCGGGGCUGGAUCAGCACCCAGCUCACACUGCAGAUUCUACAAAUGCACUAUGUUCAAAUAUCCCUUGUUUCCAGCUACUCUGUAAGUUUAAUCUGCUGUCAAGAGGGGGAAUUCUUCAGCCAACUUUCCCUAUGCAUGAACAUUAUGUAAUGUUCAGCACCCAGUAUUUUAUUAGUUACUAUGUCCUUACUGGUGCAGGGUGAAUGGGAGGCUCGUGCACGGCCUGUGCCACAAGGAUGUGGUGGCCAAUCACACUACAGAGCACCUCUGUGUUGCCAAGAAGAAUGGUCACCGUAGCAACCAAUUAUAUCCCAUAUCUUUACAAUGAGGAGGGUUGGAUGGAUCGGAGGGAUGAGACCUUUUAGAUUGACGAAAACAAAUCCUCCCGCACAAACUUUCAUGGUUACCUAAUGGAAGGCAAACACGAGAUGAUAUGAUCUUGUUUUUUUUUUUUUUUCGAGCAAAUCCCUCUGGAGAUAAGAAAGAAAGCCCAUUUUGAAACAAAAUGUAUCACGAAUGAGCCUCGGGGUCACUUUUUCAGGAAAAUUGCUUGGAUAUUAAACAAACACACGGCAGCUUUGCCUGCACAGUAUUUACACUGGAUGUAAUCUGAAAGUAUUUUAAAUUGUUAUACAUUACAUAUUGAAUCGGUGAAUCAUUAUUUCUCAGCCGUGUUUCGCCUCUGUGGUUUAUUCCAAACCGGGUCCUGAAGAGGGAUACAGCUGUCUCUUUUGUUAAAUCGCUAGAUCUAUUGAUAUUCAGUCUGAAAACUGUCAAAAGAGGCUUUGGGUCACAUAUCGCCCGGCAACCGUGUCGGGUGCUGUCAUGACGGGUCACAGGAGAAUUAGAUGUGUGCCAAUACGUGUUGAAAUGACAGCCGCUGGAGAAGAUAACAGAACCAACUGAGGGAGGCAUCUCUCCGCAGUGCCAAAGGUGUCUGUGACUAACAGAAGGAAGGACACCCGCAUGGUAAAAGUGUCUCAAAAUGUUAAGUAUUUUACAGUGUGAACCAUGUUGCCAAAACAUAACUGUU